GGGCUAGUGUACUACAUGAGUGUUGAGAGUGGAGACUGGAGGAAUAUAUAUGAGAUAGAAGCAGCUGCCCUGAGACGGGGCCAGAGGAAACAUGCCCAGUUUUAUCAAGAAACUGGGGAGCAAUUGCAGUUGCGUGGUGAGGAUGCCGUUGUCGGAGCCCAAUGUAGAGAGGUACCUUGAGGAGCAUCCCGGUUAUCUGCACAAGUACGUGGUUACCCAUCUCUCCGAGACAGACCUUAAGGAGCUAUACGAGCACUGGUACAAGGCCCAUGGGAGAAAAUCGUCAACGGAAAAAGAGCGGAAACGCAGCAGAACGGAAGAAGAGGGGAAGUCGUGCCACACAGUAGAACAUAAGACAUCCAUUGUGGACAACCAGCUAGUGGUACCUCCUGUUACCAAAGCUACUUUAGACCCGCCUGUAAGGGAGGAAGCAAUGGACGUGGUACCAGCAGUACCAGCAGUGCCACCUGGCAAGCAGUUACAUCACUUCCCCAACAGACAGUUCAGGAAGACCUUGUCAAGGGAGGGUGCGCCCAUCCUCAAACCAUACAGGAGGUCCUUCUCGGACGAUCUCAUCAACAUCCGCUCCCUGCUCCCGACUAAUCUACAGCUCCCAGGCGAACCUGGAGAAGAGCCCUCAGCACGGCGGAGGUCCCGUGAGGAAUGGAGGCAGCUGAACGAGCCUGACCUUAUGAUGGAGCUUGUCAGAGACAUCGCUCAGGAUCUCGAUCUAGUGUCCCUCUGCUUUAAGAUUCUGCUCAAUGUUGGGAUAUUGACGAACGGGGACAGAUGUUCGCUAUUUCUUAUAUUCGGCAGUGGAGAUCAGAGGUUUCUGGUGAGUAAGCUGUUUGACGUGACAGAGAACAGUCAGCUUACAGACAUGUACGAGCACAAGCCGAUCAGGAUACCGUACGGUAAGGGCAUUGUGGGGUACGUGGCUGAGAGCGGGGAGAUCGUCAACAUUCCGGACGCUUAUCAGGACGAGCGGUUUAACAAAGCUAUCGAUAUGCAAACGGGUUUCAGAACGAAGAGUAUUCUCUGUAUGCCAGUCAAGAACAACCAAUCAGAGAUUGUAGGCGUGGCUCAAGUGAUUAACAAGAAGGACGAAGAAGGACCCUUCACAGCUAAUGAUGAGAAGAUAUUCGAGAGAUACCUGACUUUCUGCGGUAUCGGAAUCACAAACGCCCUCCUUUUCCAGUCGUCUGUCAUCAUGUACAAACGUAGCGAUUCGCUGGUGCUGUUAGCUCACUACAUAUUCGAGGAGCAGCGGGAUAUGGACAAUCUGUUGCGGCGGGUACUGAAGAAAGGGUGCGAGAUGUUUAGUUCCACUGGGUGCAGGAUAUUGCUUAUGGAGUGCCCUGAAAGUGAUGGUCUUAAUCUUGAUAAACCAGAUAAUGGCCAGGUAGUGAAGACUGCAGAUGCGUUUGUGAGCUGUUUUGAGAUCUACACAGGGGAUGACAUUAAGAACAAGGAGACCGGAGAUGAGUACGAGUUCCAGAACAUUCUUACUCCGCAAGACACGCUAGCUAGAUAUGUAGCUUCCAAUCUCAAGACGGUUAAUGCAGUUCCAGGCGAGCAGAUAGACGGGUUUGAGGGUAUGGUGUGUGCGGAGACAAUCGGAGCAGACAGGGAAAUACGCAGUAUCCUCGCCAUGCCUAUACUCAACGAGUCCAGAAACGUGCUUGGUGUUGUAGAGAUCUUGAACAAGAAAGGAGAGGAGCGCUUCGACAGGAACGAUGAGUCCCUAUUUGAGGCAUUUACGCUUUUCUGUGGCUUGGGAAUCUAUAAUGUUAUCAACUUCGAGCGACUUAUUAAAGCUAAUAAUGCUCAGAAAGUGGUGCUUGAGAUACUGUCGUACCACGCCAGCGCCAGCAAGGACGAAGUCUCGCUAAUUGAGCGAGAAGAGAUACCCAGCGCCCAAUCGCUCAAUAUACUGUCGUUUGAGUUUGCGGAUCAUUCCCUGGAAACAGACCAGACGGUUCUAGCCACUAUCAGAAUGUUCAUAGACCUCGACCUUAUCAACAAAUUCAGGAUUGAUUUCCAGAGUUUGAUCAGAUGGUCAAUAACAGUGCGUAAGAAUUACAGAGACGUUAUGUACCAUAACUGGCGACACGGAUUCAACGUGGCUCAAAUGAUGUUCGCUAUGUUAACGUCCGGCCAAAUGUCUCAGCAGUUUACUGAUAUUGAGGUGUUUGCUCUUCUGGUGGGCUCUCUUUGUCACGACAUUGACCACCGGGGCACUACUAAUCAGUUCCAGAAAUUAUCUGACAGUCCACUAGCUAACCUGUACAGCACCUCCUUUAUGGAGUACCAUCACUUCAACCACUUCCUCACCAUCUCCCAAGUGGAGGGGAACAACAUCUUUAAAGGGCUCAACGAGCAGGAACAUUCCCAGUUCUUAGAUCUCACCAAGACCACAAUCCUGGCUACUGACCUGGCUCUGUACUUCAAGCAUAAAUCCCUGUUCAAGCAGCUGGUGGAAAACCCGGACACUAAUUGGGACGAUGGAGACAACAGAGUACUGCUCCGCUCUAUGAUGAUAACUGGAUGUGAUCUCUCUGCUAUCACUAAACCUUGGGAGGUUCAGAGAAUGGUAGCUGAGAAGAUCGCCAGCGAGUUCUUCAAUCAGGGGGACAUUGAGCGGGAUAAGUUUGGACACACGCCAGCGUACAUGAUGGACAGAAGUAAACGAGAUGAACUUCCCAAAAUGCAAGUCGGAUUCAUUGACAAUAUUUGCUUGGAGCUCUAUGAGUCAUUAGAGAAAGCGAACCCCCUUUUCCGGCCGCUUCUAGACGGCUGUUUAAGUAACCGACGCAACUGGUCCAAUCUGUGUGAAAGACGGACCUCGUUUGCGGACAUCUCCAGCGCCAACAUCACCCUUACCUCUAUAAACACUAACCGGCCCAGAGAAGCAAGGUUUUCUGAUGAAAUGUCAGAUGAAGACCAGGAGGACAAUAUAGUGCAUAGCCAGGAGGACGAUGGCAAGACUCCCACUCCUGACUUGGCCGAGCCAGGCCACGUCCUACUAGUUGGUACUCUCUCAAAUCAGCCAGAAGAAGAAUCAGGGGUAGAAGGAUGAGGCGCCGGUAACUAUGGUUACAGGAUUAUUCCAGCGUGCGAUCCCACUCUACUGAUGUCUGUGACGUGUUCUAGGUCAUACUGCGCAGUUUGUUCCUUUAUUACUUUGACACCUGCUUCACCUCCCGGUUACUAUGACACCUGCUUCACCUCCCGGUUACUUUGACACCUGCUUCACCUCCCGGUUACUAUGACACCUGCUUCACCUCCCGGUUACUAUGACACCUGCUUCACCUCCCGGUUACUAUGACACCUGCUUCACCUCCCGGUUACUAUGACACCUGCUUCACCUCCCGGUUACUAUGACACCCGCUUCACCUCCCGGUUACUAUGACACAUGCUUCACCUCCCGGUUACUAUGACACCUGCUUCACCUCCCGGUUACUAUGACACCUGCUUCACCUCCCGGUUACUAUGACACCUGCUUCACCUCCUGGUUACUAUGACACCUGCUUCACCUCCCAGUUACUAUGACACCUGCUUCACCUCCCGGUUACUAUGACACCUGCUUCACCUCCCGGUUACUAUGACACCUGCUUCACAUCCCGGUUACUAUGACACCUGCUUCACCUCCCGGUUAGUAUGACACCUGCUUCACCUCCCGGUUACUAUGACACCUGCUUCACCUCCCGGUUACUAUGACACCUGCUUCACCUCCCGGUUAGUAUGACACCUGCUUCACCUCCCGGUUACUAUGACACCUGCUUCACCUCCCGGUUACUAUGACACCUGCUUCACCUCCCGGUUACUAUGACACCUGCUUCACCUCCCGGUUACUAUGACACCUGCUUCACCUCCCGGUUACUAUGACACCUGCUUCACCUCCCGGUUACUAUGACACCUGCUUCACCUCCCGGUUAGUAUGACACCUGCUUCACCUCCCGGUUACUAUGACACCUGCUUCACCUCCCGGUUACUAUGACACCUGCUUCACCUCCCGGUUACUAUGACACCUGCUUCACCUCCCGGUUACUAUGACACCUGCUUCAUCUCAACAAAUGACUUCAGUAUCAUACCACAUGUGGACAUCACAUGACAUUGUAGCUUCAGUACACCACUAUACAUGAGUUACUACUACUAUAACUAUAAUAUAACCUAUCCUUAAAAGAGGUAUACAUGAGGUGAAUAUUUCCUCCACUUGUCAGUGUCUCUAGCGGCAAUAUCUGUGAGGAUAGGUCGGCUCAAAUAUUACUUCAGAGCUUAAACUCAAGUCACUACUAGUUACAAUGAAGUACAAGUAGUGUAUGUAACAUAUAACAUUUUGAAUAAUGCAGAAUUGGAUUUUGUCUAUUUCAUCUCAGUUCUUAUUGUCUUACUACUUUAGUGGCUUACUACUUUAGUGUCUUACUGGACUGCAAUCAUCAGUGUGAUUACUACACCACACUACAUUGUGUUUGCAACACAGAACAUUCAGGGUGUUUGCAGGGAUCACAGUAUUACGUAGUAUAAUAUUAGUACGACUACACCACUACACCACUACACCAAUACACCACACUAUUUGAAGUGAGGGGUUAUAUUGGAUAUGCUGUGUUGACCCUACUACACAAACCCUCUUCAGAAACGUGUCGAAAUGAAAACCAGGGAAUAUUGCGUGACCGGAACUGAAAAUAUUUUACAAUAAUGAAAUGAGUUUCGUUUUAGUCUUCCUGAUGUACAUUUACCUAUUUACUGUAUAUUAGUCGUUACCACUGGUUUACUGUAGUAGUUACCACUAGUUUACACUAGUACCACUAGUUUACUGAAGUGGUUACCGUGGUUACCAAACUUUUCUAAUUUUUCUUGAGUACUUAGUCGCAUGGUUAUAAUGGAAAUGUUCUUUAUGUUUACUUUAUCGGCCCAAAUAUUGCAGAUCUUUUCUCAAAUUGUUGGUCGUUGCGGUAAUAAUUAAAGGAUGGUUUGUUUCAUUGUCACUGGAAGCAGCCCAAGCAGGAAGUGACGUCAUGACACGUGGUGUGACGUCAUAAUGCUGCAUUAGGCGCAACUUUGCGUAUUGCUAUUCGUAACGUGUACUUUCAAUUUGGUGGGGCAGAUAGUACCCCUCAUUCAGUUUACAUUUAUUACCAGUGACAUUUCUUAUUAAAGGGUAUUCAAAAUAAUAUGCACUACGACACGUCAUAUAGUUCUAGUUGCUUAAUCUCCCUGAUGCGUAUUUAGUACCUCCAUUUGUUAUUAUGUACUGUGAUGAUGAUUAUGUUGUGCCAAAGUUUUUAUUCAUUAGAGAUACCAGAUGU